GAGACAAAAGAUCAUAUUUUUCGCUCUUUCCUCUGCUUGUUGAUUCAGCGACAGUGAAAGGUUGAGAGAAAUCGAAGGUUCUGAGUUCAUUCAGAAGAAAUGGGUUCUUCAUCUUCCGGCAAAAAACGGAAAAGGCAGAGAAAGAAAGAAGAAGAAGACAGUAACGUUAACGCAGAUGCAAUCCCGGAGAGUUCGAGAGAGAUUGUUCAGACUAUGAAGGAAGUAGUGAAUUGCUCCGAACAAGAGAUUUACGCAAUGCUUGUUGAAUGCAAUAUGGAUGCUGACGAAGCCAUUACUCGUCUUCUUUCUCAAGAUAGUUUCCAGGAAGUAAAGAGUAAACGAGACAAGAAGAAAGAGACCAAGAACUUAUCGGAUUCUCAAAGAGUUGGUAGUAGCAACCAGAAUUGUGACUUGAGGAAUGGUGGUGAUGGUUAUCUUGGUGAAGAGACGAGUGAUGUGCAAGGAAUUCAUAAUCCUGGUCCUCCAUUAGACAGGUUCAAUCUCUUUGAUGUAUCAAAUGUUGAAACUAAGAGAGUGCCAAUAAGCUCAGAUGAAGCCGAUCCUUCGUUAUCUGUGCCAUCUUCUAGGUUGACAUCUGCUUUGGGAUGUGUUACCUCUAGCCAGAGAACAAUGGCGGAUGUUGUGAAGAAUGGUUUAGGCUCUUUGAAAGAGAGUGUAACAGCUCCUGUCAAGGAUCUCUUACCUGAGAAGCCAGUGGCUCCUAAUCUAUUUUCUAACUCAGUUGAGUCUGCUUCUAGAAGAGAUCAACCUCAAGAGUCUGCUUCGGUAUCCAACCAAAACUUCCGCGAUAGUGACGAUGGAGGCUCACAGUUGUUGUGUGACAAUGACAAUAACAAAAAUGACGAGACUUGCCAAGUGCAAAAAUGUUCUCUUGAGCAUAAUCAAACCAAAGAUCCACCGGCGCCUGUUAAUUCAGACCAAUGUAUUAAAGAGUCACAGCAUUUGAUAUUUGGUCGUUUUGGUUCUUGGAUUAAUGGAUCUGGCGAAAAUAACAGUCUCCCAUUACAGUUCUUGAAUGAUGACUCACAAGAUAUAUCCGAUUUUGCAGAUGGAAGCUCACAGUUGUUGUGUGACAAUUACAAUCAAACCAAAGAUCCAUCGGUGCCUGUUAAUUCAGACCAAUUUAUUAACGAGUUACGACAAAUGAGAUUUGGUAGUUUUGGUUCUGUGAUGAUUGGACCUGGCCAACCCAGUGGUCUCCCAUCACAGUUCUUGAAUGAUGACUCAGAAAAAACAUCCGCUUUUGCAGUUGAUUUGCCGCUCAGGCACCUGAACUUACAAGAUGGUGAGUGCCAUGAAGAGGAAGAACAACAACUAAAGACGAAUGUUGCUAAUGAACAAAUGGCACAUCAAGUCAACUCGGAUGCCCCUCGUAGUUACCAUUCGUCCCCAUACUGUGAUCACACAGAACCUACUCAAGAAAAUCAGUACAUGUCUUCAUCUGCUACAGAUUUCACAUUUGAUAUUAGUCAGGUGUUCAAUCCUGUGAUAGCUCCUUCAGAAAGUGUUAAUACCUUCCCCAACGCUAUGCAUCAACAAGCAUACACGAGGGAACUGAAUCCUUGGCACUCAGCUUCUCCUCUCAUUCAGUCAAUGCCUACUGCAUCUUCACUUGGUCGUAGGCUAUCAAGUUCCAUGAACGAGAUAAAUCGGCAAACCAUGAACCACCACCUUUACUCUCAGCCGAAUGUUCCUUCAGGGGAUUAUGAUAAUAGGAUGAACUAUCCUUGCCCUCUGCCAACACAGAAUGAUACCUACGACAUGCCAACAUCCUCAUUUCAGCAACAUGGUGGUAGUAACAACAACGCCUACCAUCAGCCUUCCAUAGAUGCACCGCUCUCUCUGUACAGACUCAGUGAUCUGCGUCAACCAGCUGUGGCUGCUCUUACUUCCACCCGCAGUUCUGCUUACGGUUCCACUAAUGGUUUGGCUUACGGUUCUGCUAUGUUGAGUCAUAACACUGAGAACUCGAGGUUUGAGCAUGAAUAUGACUUCCGUGCACAGUUUAGCAAUCACUUGUCAUCACUUCAGCAUCAGAAUGGGAACUCAAACAUGUGGACUCCUCAAGGACACAACGACUCAAGAAGACAGUAUCGCAGCGCAGUCCCGGGUCAUCAGAAUCAGCAGUCACUGAGUUUCAGACAUAACCAACAACAAGAGGAGCGUUACAGAGGGAUUGGUAAUGUAUCUGAAAGAAACAGACGUUACUAUGCAUCUCUGUACCAACAAAACAAUAGAAGAGGAGAUCCAUCUAACCAAAUCCAACAACAACAUCAAUGGCGCUAAGAAACUACAACUAACCAAAAACCGACCAAUCAAAGCUUAAUUAUACUCUGAAUACGUUUUCACACUGACGACUUCUUAUAAUGGUCUUUUUGGCUUUUACUAACCAUUCUUUGUAGUGUAAGCUACUUAGUUUUGUUA